AGGGGAAGGAGAGGCCAUGUCCCUGAAUUGGCGUUAGGAGGUUUGCGGGAUGGGGUUGAAGUCAUUAAGUGUCAAGCGGUAGGAUCCCUCCAGGCUUCACUCUCCUCACCCAGGACUUCUUCCUGGCAGCUGGUGGAGGCCAUUGUCCUGCCAAUGAACCACAAGGAGAAGUUUGAGAACUUGGGGAUCCAGCCUCCAAAAGGAGUGUUGAUGUAUGGCCCCCCAGGUACGGGGAAGACCCUGCUGGCCCGGGCCUGUGCCGCACAAACCAAGGCUACCUUCCUGAAGCUGGCUGGCCCCCAGCUGGUGCAGAUGUUCAUUGGGGAUGGUGCCAAGCUGGUCCGGGAUGCCUUUGCUCUGGCCAAGGAGAAAGCUCCAUCCAUUAUCUUCAUUGAUGAGCUGGAUGCCAUUGGCACUAAGCGCUUUGACAGUGAGAAGGCCGGAGACCGGGAGGUGCAGAGGACAAUGUUGGAGCUUCUGAACCAACUGGAUGGGUUCCAGCCCAACACCCAAGUAAAGGUGAUUGCAGCCACCAACAGGGUGGACAUCCUGGACCCCGCACUGCUCCGCUCAGGCCGUCUGGACCGGAAGAUUGAAUUCCCCAUGCCCAACGAGGAGGCCCGGGCCAGAAUCAUGCAGAUCCACUCCCGCAAGAUGAACGUCAGUCCCGAUGUGAACUACGAGGAGCUGGCCCGCUGUACGGAUGACUUCAACGGGGCCCAGUGCAAGGCCGUGUGUGUGGAGGCGGGCAUGAUCGCACUGCGCAGGGGUGCCACGGAACUCACGCACGAGGACUACAUGGAGGGCAUCCUGGAGGUGCAGGCCAAGAAGAAAGCCAACCUGCAGUACUACGCCUAGGAGGUUGCCCGCCACACCUGCUCCCUGGUCUGGUGCUGGUUAAAAUCCAUAAUAAAAGAUGGUUGCAGGUCCCUGCCA